UAGCCCACGCAUGAUCUAACAACAAUUCGGAUUGAUUCAUGCUAAACUUUUAAUUUGAGAUCGAAAAACUUUAUAAUUUCUGCAUACUGCCCACACGAACGAAGCAAGUCGUUGCCAAAAUAAUACUUUACUCUUUGAUAUUAGUACAUUUUUCUACAUUUUACACCGUUUUACAUUUUUCACUUUUUCGUUUCGCAUAUAUUUUUCAUCUCCUGUUUUUACAGUUUCGUUUUUAAAGGCUUUAGGCAGAAGGCAGAAAGCUUAUGACUUUGAAAAUUCAUAACCAGAGAACCCUUUUACACAAUAUGGCUCGGUAACACAUCCAUUUUUAAUUAGCAAGUUGCGAUCUCAUUGCAAGCGCUGCAAGCGAAAUUCAUUGUUAUUGAACAUGAUUGCAGGAACUGUAAUUUGUAUUCAUGAGAACAUUUAAGGUAAUACAACAUUUUUAAAAAUUAUUUUACCUCCAGGCACACUUGUUGUUUUGACAUAGUAUACGGCAAUAUUCAGAAGUGGCUUUUAUCGAUGGAGUUUUCUUUUACGAUUUGUAGUUGUAAUUUUUGAUUCAACAGAUUUAGUUACAGUCCUGCAGAUAUGAAAAUGUUUGAAAAAAGGAGAGGUUGACCUGACAAAUAUUCUCGUUGUUGUUUAUCAGCUCUGUCGGAUUAUUAGCAGUUUUAAAAUACGUUGCAACAAAAAAUGUUCUGAAUAUACUUGGUAAUGCGUACCAUAAGGCAACUAAAGCAACCCUUUUUCGCACCUUGAUUUAUCACUAAUGAGAUUUGUGUAUAGGUUGCCACUAAUGAUCGAUAUUAAGCGUAGAAAGUGUGAUAAUAUAAAAUGAAGACAGAUUUAUUCGGUUAGUGAUGGCUUAUUUUAUUUUUCUCUUACGUUGUUGGGAUCGAAAGUUUAUGUAAUAGACAUGUUUAACAAAGGUUUGCAUGUUUACCUUUAACGGCACGAGUAAACAAUACGGCAACUUGUAAUUAAAAAUAUCCUGAAAAAAGUGAUUUAAAUUUUGCCUGUAAACGGAAGGAUGCGAGUUCCCUCAUCUAGUGUUUGUUUUGCUGUCUAAACGUACUUUGAUUUUUUCUGUGUUGUACCCUAAUGGAAUUGUUACUUGUCUUGUUAUUUUUCAGCCGUGUUUUGAUCGUACAGUGAAAUUCAAUUUAAUUACCUCCAACAGAAUUCGAAAUGCGGUUUAAUCAACUUCAGAAUUGUCAUGUUUCAAGAAGUAGGGUCUGAAAAUUAACACUAUAAAUCAGUGUCGUUUCUAAACAACAGGUCCUCCACAAUUGUCUCUUGAAUUGAAAGACGUGAUUGCUGUCUCGCCGUAAUUAUGAUAUUGUUCUAAUCAAGGGUAUUGCCCAUCACAAACUGCACCUUACUGGUCAAUUUUUCUGCCAACCAAACGACAGCACUGACAUAAUAGACAUAUCACCUUUGAGACAAUAAAUAGCGAAAAAGGUAAAAUUUCUGCCUGCAUCUGUCGCCGACCUCUUUUUAAAAGGCAAGCAAGACUUCGGUGAGAGGGCGUCAAUAAACAAAAUGCAGCAACUUCUUGCUAUGCUUGGGAAGCUCGUUCAAGCUCUCCUUCAGAAACUACCUUACUGGUGGAAGUUACCGACUGUUUUGAUGAUUUUUUACCAGUUUCAACAACGAGAUUACCUCAUGAACAACAACUUAUUCGAUGGCUACCCUUGCGAAGUCACUGGACCUAAGCAAGAUUGCCAGGACCCCGUCAUUGGUCACGUGUCUUUGGGCUGCUUCUUCAACAAGAAGUGUUCACCGCUGUCCUAUUUGUAUGAAAAAGACGGGCUCACGAGGGACGAGUGUGUGCAGCAUUGUAAAGACAACAGAUACCCGUAUGCAGGUUUUGACCACUGCCGCAAAUGUUUCUGCGGUACUAAUUUCAUGACAUACGCUCAAAUCAAUUCGAACGAUUGUAAAUCGAAGUCAAAGUCAAGGUGUAAGAAAAUCAAACGUGGAUGUGAAGCUUCUUCGCACAUUGAACUCUUCAGAACAAUGUUCUGUACCGAACAAAUGACGAAAACGAGAACUCAUGACGGAACAUGCAACGAUCUGAAUCAACCAGCGUCUGGAAGCAGGUUCUAUCGGUUUGGACGAAAUGUAAACCGCACCAAGACAUUUGAGGACAAGAAACUUUUGGAACCAUGCCCUAGGGAGUUAAGCAGAAGAUUGAUGACAAGGGAUCAGUUUAUUCCAGUUAAGCAGCUAAACCUGUUAGCUGCAGGCUGGAUCCAGUUCCAGUUACACGACUGGUUUGACCAUGGUCCAGUUGAUACUUCACGUCGAAUAGACAUAGACCUUGACAAAGAUGAUCCUGUCUAUGGAGAACACCACGGGAAGAUGUCAAUUCCACGAACUAAACCGGACAACUGCCCGAGCAAUUCGAAGGACACCCCUGCCACCUUUCAGAAUGAUGUCACCCACUGGUGGGAUAGCUCACAGCUGUAUGGAAGUGAUGAACAAACUAGUGCUAAGCUGCGCAGCUUCCAAAAUGGAAAAAUGAAAGUUUCAGAUAAAGAUGGUUUGCUUCCAGUAGAUAACAAAACUGGCAUUGACCAAACUGGUUUCAACAACAAUUGGUGGGUUGGUCUUAGCCUCGUGCAUAAUAUAUUCACCCGUGAACACAACUCCAUUUGUGAUAUGCUGAGGACUUAUUAUCCUGAGUGGCAAGACCAGAAGCUGUAUGACACAGCCAGGUUAAUCAACACGGCCGUGAUUAUGAAGAUUCACACAGUGGAAUGGACCCCAGCCAUUCUAAAUAACAGUGCUUUGCGGGCCGGCGUACGCGUAAAUUUUGGUCUCAGUCCUGGAAAAGAAGUAUUUGAUUGGCUGGCGGCUCAUAACAUCAGCGUCAGCGCGAGCAGUGGAAUACUGAAGCCAAUCGUGGGAUCUCCAGCGGACUUCAAUGGCGUCCCUUUCUCUCUGACUGAAGAAUUCGUUUCAGUUUAUCGUAUGCAUCCACUACUUCCUGAUGAUUUACAUAUUCGCUCGUUUUCGACUGGUCAGAAGACAGGCAAAUCGUACUCUUUGCCAGAGUAUUCUUUCGGCAAGGCCAGAAACGUCAUGACUCAAAAUACUCUUGAUGACAUUGUGUAUACGUUCGGUGUGGAGCACCCUGGAGCGUUAACUCUUCAUAAUUACCCAAAAGCCCUGAUGAACCUACAGCUACCGAAACACCAACAGAAAGGGGAGACAAUUGACCUUGCAACUAUUGACAUUUUACGUGACCGUGAGCGUGGAAUCCCGCGAUAUAACGAGUUUAGACGGUUGACCAGGCUCAAACCAGUGGAGUCCUUUGAAAAGCUCACACCAAACAGAAAACACUCAGAUUUACUGAAAGACUUGUACGACGACGACAUCGAGAAAUUAGACCUGCUGAUUGGCUGUCUAGCGGAAGAGCCUCGACCUGAUGGGUACGGAUUUGGUGAAACGGCAUUCAACAUAUUUGUUCUUAUGGCCAGCCGGAGACUGAAAACCGAUCGGUUUAUGACCGAUGACUUUACCAGUGAUAUUUACACACCCGAGGGUUUGAAGUGGAUUCAAGACACAGACAUGAGCAAUGUGCUUAUCCGUGCUUUUCCUGACAUCCAAUGGCUCAGCGGUGUUUUAGCAAAUACCAACAAUGCAUUUUUCCCUUGGCCAGUUCCCGGCGGGGAUAUCGCUGGAUAACGCCUCGGAGUUUUAGAAAGUUUGCUGUCAAUUUUUAUCGGUACAAACAUCAUCGGCGCUUCUUUGUGUUAGUUUGAGGUAGACAGUGGUUGUCAAAAUCUGACUUUGUGGAGGGAAAAAAUUAAAAAAAAUGCCAUGACUAUCAA